CUCUCGAGUCGGCGACACCAUAAACGGAUUUCAUGGCGUACAAGCCACUAGGCCACGGAGGUUGUCUUUUAAUCGGAUCGGAUAGGAUUUUAUUUCACAAGAUCCACUAUGAACCGCACUCGAUGAAAGCGCGCCAAAAACUCCUCAUGUAAUUUGACUGUCAAUGUCGUGUCGGUAUCAUAGAGAACACAUUAUUUGUCAGAAUCAUGGACGAAGAAUUAUCGAUAAUGGCCUAGGGUCCUAGUAGGUCCUAUGAAUGAUAAAAAACUCAGAUUAUAUUAUAUUGAUAAUAAAUAUAAAGGAUCAAAAAAAAAUUUAUGGUUGAAGAAAAACAACAUACAACAUUUUCAAUAAUUUUGGCUGUUUGGAGUUACAUUCCCAAACAAAUGAUUUAAAAGAACAAUAUUCGUGCUCUCCUCUCUCAUCUCUUUUUAUUUCAGUUGUUAGAGUGAAAUAGAUAUAUAUUUUUAAGUAUUUGUUUUCUUUUUUCCUUCAUAUUCAUAUCUCAAUUUUGACAGCACAAAGGAGUCGGCCAUUUUAUUGCUAGCUGGAAAAGCUGUGGCUAUUCACCCACUGUGUAGUUUUGUUCAAAAUAUUAAAUGGGCUAAUGAACUCUAGUGUAAUUAAAUAACAUUGUACAAAACUGUAUACGUAACUAGUGUAAUUCUAAAGUGUUAUAUGUAUUGAGUGCUAAAUCAUGGACGAUCCGAAUAGAAUGAUGGCGCACAGCGGUGGUCUGAUGGGGCCACAGGGUUAUGGACUCCCGGGAGGAGAAGGCGCUCCAACAGCGGGCGAGGGAGAAGCACGUAAACAAGAUAUUGGCGAAAUUCUUCAACAAAUCAUGAAUAUAACAGACCAGAGUCUCGACGAAGCACAAGCGAGAAAGCAUACAUUGAAUUGUCACAGAAUGAAGCCUGCCCUAUUUUCUGUGUUGUGUGAAAUCAAAGAGAAAACUGUUCUGUCACUUCGUAAUACGCAAGAGGAGGAGCCUCCAGACCCGCAGCUGAUGCGCCUGGACAACAUGCUGAUCGCCGAGGGUGUCGCAGGACCGGAGAAGGGCGGUGGAGCCGGGGCCGCGGCGUCAGCCUCUGCCGCUGCAGGGGAAUGGGGCACUGUGGCCCAAGCAGAUAACGCGAUCGAGCACUCUGACUACCGCGCCAAGCUCGCGCAGAUCCGCCAGAUCUACCACCAGGAGUUGGACAAAUACGAGAACGCCUGCAACGAGUUCACCACGCACGUCAUGAACCUGCUCCGUGAACAGAGCCGCACUAGGCCCAUCACACCGAAGGAAAUUGAGCGCAUGGUUCAAAUCAUCCAUAAGAAGUUCAGCUCCAUCCAGAUGCAGCUGAAACAGUCCACUUGCGAGGCCGUCAUGAUCCUUCGUUCUCGUUUCCUGGACGCCCGCCGAAAGCGGCGCAACUUCAGCAAGCAGGCGUCGGAGAUCCUGAACGAGUACUUCUACUCGCACCUCUCCAAUCCGUACCCGAGCGAGGAGGCCAAGGAGGAGCUGGCGCGCAAGUGCGGCAUCACCGUGUCGCAGGUUUCCAACUGGUUUGGCAACAAGCGCAUCCGCUACAAGAAGAACAUCGGCAAGGCGCAGGAGGAGGCCAAUCUGUACGCCGCCAAGAAGGCCGCCGCGGCAGGCGCGUCGCCUUACUCUAUGGGCGCUGCGUCCGGCACGGCCACGCCGAUGAUGUCGCCGGCGCCCACGCAGGACUCCAUGGGCUACUCCCUGCCCGCGCCGCCCUACGACCAGCCGCAGCCCCCCUACGACGCCUCCAUGGGCUACGACCACAUGCACCAGGACCUGUCCCCGUAGGGCCCUCACCUGUAACACAGGUGGCGGGUUUGAUUCAAUUGUGCAGCUUCCACUGAAUUGCCAUUUACAUUAACAUACUAUAUUUAAGUAGCUGGUGGAGUCCCGUCAGCGGCGCGGCCGGCGCCCCCAUUGCCUUAGGACGUAGCUCAUUGUAUACUAUUACGGUAACACAUUUCUAUCUGACGUAUUUUUGGAAGGACGUGUUAGUAAUCAAAAUGUAUUUAAUUUGUAUUAUCAUGGUUUUAUACGACUGUACCCAGUAUUUAUUUAAAUCUUUUUGUGUACUUUUUUUGUAUAGGGUGAUGUGGAAAUAACAUGAGAUACUCCGUUUAAUGGUUAGAGAAGUUUAAAAUGAAAUUAUUAAGUCUCUUGAAUAAUUUGUUUUAACCGGUUGUCAACAAGCCACGGCUGUAUUAGAGGUACGCUGUUAAACAAGUUCAAUGUCCCUUGAAUGAUUGUAUUUGUUACCAAUAUUGAGGUACAGUUUAGUAAUUUAAAUAAUUACGACUCGUGUCGGAAGAACUGUUACUGGACUGAGGGGUCGUCCAAUGUUCGCGUGAUGGUUUUUUUUAGCAACUUUUUACCCCCUCCCCCCUCUGUUAGUAUGUGGUGAGGUUUUAGAUCGAGAAUUCACAGUGGUAAGAGUUCCCCUCAGUACGAGUUUGAGCCUUUGAGCUCACGAAAACUAUAUAGUUUUCGUAAUUGUAA